AAUUUUAGUUUAGGAUAAAGACAGCCUGGUGACAGUCAUGUUCACAUAUCUCUUAAUCGUGGCGCUAGCCUCUCAGAUGUUUUGCGGUUGCACGGCAGAGACUGUAGAGAUACAACCCGUAUCUGCUGCUCAGUCCAGACCUUUCCGAAACAUGCCAAAAAAAUACGGUGCCCACAAGGUGAUAGACAACAACUUCAAGACGCAGACAAUCACGGAGUACCUAGCUAGUGACUGGGAAGCUGGUACCUGGGUGACAGUUCAUCUGGGGGCUGAGUUCUGUGUGGAGACUGUGGAGAUCUGGUACUUCCUCGACCUCCCCAAGUACAAGAGCACGUUCACCUGCACUAACGAUGAGAUCUGGUGUCACUCCUGUGAAGGGUACUGUGCUAAGAAGGCCCCUCUUCUGAUAUCCGUCUACACAGAGGACUACACAGGCUCUCCCUCGGCUCCUCCGCCUGAUAACGGCUGCACUAGAGGAGACAGUGUCAAGUUCCACAAUAUGCACGCGCACAUACUUACUAUGUACGAGCUCAAGGUCUUCGUUAGAGUUGAGGAGUAAGACAUCCGAGAUAUUUCAACUGAUAACACAGGAAACUUUAUUAAAUUAUCUUUAAUAUGGAUAUUAUUUGACAAUAAUAUCCAAGAUCUUUUAAGAAUAUUUAUGCAGCCCUACUGAAACCGAAAGGUGGGACGGUGAAUUAUUUUUAGAGCCUUAUUCAUUCUAAAAUAUGGUGUUUUUGACAAAUGAAAUAACUUAUGAACUGAUUGA